UGAUUCUCAUUUCCUGACUUCAUUCACUAAGUUGGGCGUUUCGAUGAAGGAGGCUCUCCACACCUCGGCCUCAAACUUUCUAAUGAAACCCCCCAAAAACUUUUGACAAAAAGCAUUUUUUUUAACAUUUCACGCUUUUUAAAUACACUUUUCUACCGGAAGAACGUCAGGUUCUUGCUGAGAUGGAGCCCAGUUCCACAGAAGGAGGAUCUGAGGAGAUCCCGCUCCCGAAAAGUCCACCGACCAAGGUGAUCCUCAAACAUGGCCAGGAGCUGGAGGAGGAGCAGGAGGAGCUGGCCGAGCACCAGCCUCUGGAGCAGGAGGACCUCAACUUCGAGAGGUGGAAGCGCCGGCCCUUGCCCAGACGGACGCUGCACCAGAAGAUCAGCGACUUGAAGACCUACCUGUGGAAUGCGGAGACCAAGGAGUUCAUGGGCCGCUCGGGGAAGAGCUGGAGCCUCAUCCUCCUCUUCUACGCUGCACUUUACACCUUCCUGGCGGCCAUGUUCGGCGGCUGUAUAUUUUGCCUCAUGUGGUCCAUUAGUCCCUACCAUCCCACCUACAACGACAGAGUGAUGCCACCAGGUAUGACCAUGGCGCCACACCUGGAAGGUCACGACAUCUCCUUCAAUGCCUCUGACCGCAAAUCGUGGAAGCGCUACGCCCGCUCCAUGGAUGAACACUUACGACCCUACAAUGAUGGCGCACAGGAGAGGAAGAACAUCCGCUGCACACAGGACAGGUACUUCAUGCAGGAAGACUUGGAGGAGGACGCAGAGAGGAAAGCGUGCCAGUUCAAGAGGUCCUGGCUGGGGGAGUGUUCGGGCCUGCAGGACCCCCACUACGGCUACUCGCAGGGGAGGCCGUGUAUACUCCUGCGAAUGAACAGGAUUCUUGGAUACCUGCCUGGCCAAGGGAAACCGGUCAAUGUUACCUGCGGAGUCAAGAGAGGACCACCAGAUGCCUUGGGAGAAAUCCAAUUUUUCCCCAAGAGUAUUUUUGACCUGAAGUACUAUCCUUACUACGGGAAACUCCGACAUGUGAACUACUCGUCUCCGGUGGUGGCCGUGCGCUUCUCGGGAGUGCAGUACGAUACUCAUAUCCAAGUGCAGUGCAAGCUGAACGGAAAGGGCAUCAUCAACGACUCGCCCACCGACCGCUACCUUGGGAGCGUCACUUUCUUCUUGGAAGUUGGAGCGUAGGAGCUACAGGAAGCUCAUUAUGCUGAAUAAUCAUUUUCCCUCUCUGUGACACCUCCACACACACCCCAAGCACAAUGACAGUCAUUUCCUCACGAGAUAAUUAGAUUAAUCCAACUAAACUUUGCCCAGAUUUGAUUUUUCCUUGGCUAUGCAAAUCCAAUUAAGAAUUAAAAACCAGUUAUGCUCUUUAGACACAUUGUUAUCCACUGGGUAUGAGCAUAUAGAAUAUGCAGAUUUUUUUUGGGGGGGGGGGUAAAAUGUUUUGGUGUGACUGUACUAAUUAUUUGUGCUUGUAUUUUUUUGAACAUGUAUAUUUGAACGAAUAUUGUGCAAUGAAGAAAAGUCUUGCACUGUACUCACACAAUAAAAGGCUGAUCUAUGUCACACACCACUUGCCUUGAUUUAUAUAUACAGUACGUACAAUACACUGCUCACAAAAGGUUCAGGAUUGUCGGAUUUCAAAUGAAAUUUCAGGAUAAUUCUAUAACCUUUACAGGUGACCUGAAAACUUUUGAACGUCUCGUGAAUUUUGCCAUUCUGAUCCUUGUUAGAAGGCACAAGUUGUGCAUUGAAACAUGCAACGGUUACAUGUGCAGUCAAAUUUUGACAUGGUCUGAUUAAGUCUCCUUGUAAAGCUCAUCGUGCAUUUUUGGUUCAUCUUGGAAUUUCACUUGAAAGCCCAAUAUUCUUUACUUUUUGUGAAUAAGGCAUUUGUGAAACUUGUGUUUGAAACUUCUACCUACAAGUGGACUGUCAAUGUAAAUUAGCCUUAGACAUUUUGGGAGGAGAUUAACCCUGCUUCAAUUGUGCAACUAAACCAUGUGUCAAUAUUGUAUUUAUUCCUGUGGUAGUUGUAAUAAACGCAAUGUAUGA